AUGACAACAACAAUAAGUAAACAUGAUUUACAAUUGCAACUACAACAACAGCAACAGCAGCAGCAACAACAACAACUACAGUAUCAGCAACAACAACAGCAGCAGCAGCUACAACAACAACAACAACGUUUUUCUCAAAACACUGCGUAUAGUUUGGAUAAUAAGAACAAUACAACAAAUCGUUUAGAUAGCAUCACCACCACAACAACAACAGCAAACAACAUGACAACAACAAAUACCAUACAAAUUGAUACAUUAAAUAAUAAUAAUCUGGAACAUGAUCUCACCCUACACCACACCACACCCGGUUUCCGGCAUAUGAUUAACAACAAUAAUGGUGAUAUAGAAGCACCACCGCCACCAGCACCACCACAAGCCGAGCCAGCCCCACGUAUUCCCAAGAAACGAUCCCUACUCAAUUUCAGAUCACUGGAUUUUCACAUUAAAUCACUGUACAGUGGUUUGCGUAAUGGCUCUUCUGGGCAAAAUAACAAAGCAAAUUCGCAAUCUUCUAAUCUGCUGGCUUCCUCACGCGAUGGCAGUGGCGGCGGCGGCGGCGGAGGUGGUUGUGGUGGCGUUGUUGGUGGCAGUGGGUCUGCCAGAGCUGGUGAUGAUUGCACCUCGGUGGUGGUGGGCACUGGUACCGGUGGCUACAAUGCCAAUGGCAGCGAGCUAAAUAUCAGUGAACACCAACACUACGAUCAUCAGCAUUACCAUCACAUGCAUCAUCAGCCAUACAAUCGCAUGCCGCCCUAUUUGAAAAUCGAAUCGGUGGACAAUGAGGAAUCGGAAAAUCUUCUCAUCGACUAUCCACAAUCGCCGUAUUCGACACGUCGCAAUAGCUCCAAUGAGGAUAAUCGUUCGAGUAGCCAAUUAAUACACCUGACCGGCGGUGGUGGUAGUGGCGUUGGUGGUGUUGGUGGGAUGAUGGGUUCCACUCAGUAUUUGCAACAGCCAUCGUCUGCCUCGCAUCGCUAUGACAAUAUGAUGUCACGUUCGCAGGCCAGUUCUCCGUCGCCCUACUUUCUGUCGCCUCAUGCAUUUGCCUCGUCAUCGCAAAACUUUAGACGUUCAUCGACCUCGGACAUAAUGUCCGGCAGCAAACGCAGUGCUUGUUCAUCGGCCAGUACCAGCCGUCGCCCGAGCACCUCGGAUCUGUUGCGUAAGGCGCGUGAGCGUCGUGGCAGCGAGUCUCGUAUGGGGCGCAGUGUUUCGCAUGGCGGUCUUCCACGUGGUGGCGGUGGUGGGGCAUUUCGUGCCGGCCCUGGUGUGGGCGGUAGACGCACCAGUAUGGCCUUUUAAAUCACCCCCAGGGUCCCCACUCAACUUUAACUCUCCCUCUCUUUCUCCCAAAGAACACUUAUACUAACACUUAAAAGGUAAACUAUCCAAACUAUACUCUAACGCAAGUACACAAACAGAAAAACAGCAGCAGCAGCAACAACAACCUGUAGUGAUUAAACUUUAUAAAAAAAAACUACAAAAAAAAAUCUAAAAAAAAAACGUAAGAUUAUAAUAUAAACUUACAAACAAAAAAGUGCUUAUGAUUCGUUUUUUUAUUAUUGACAAUGAAAAAAUUUUCAAAAAGAAAUCUCCCAAAAAAAAAAAAUUAGAAAAAAUUUAAUAAAUACGAGAAAAAAAACCAAAGGAAAUCCCCUUCAAGAGAACAACAACAAGCAACUUUAAAAUAAUUAAAAAUUAUAACAAAAAAAACUUAAAAAAAAGAAAAUUAUAUUCUCUUUAAGCUUUAAAAGUAAUUAAUUACAACAACCAACCAAUAAAAAAAAUUAAUAGAACAAUAUUAAAAACAAAUAAUAAUUGAUACAAUUCACAAAUAAUAACAUAAAAAAAAGGAAAUAUAUCUAAAAUAAAAACAUACAACUUUUUUGUAGCUAAGUAAGUUUAACAGCAAUGGAGAAAACCUAUAUAAAAAAUUGUAAAACUUCUAACAAAAGCUUAUCCAAAGCGAACUAAUAACAAUAACAAAAAUUUAUAAAAAAAAAUAAACAAAAAAAAAUCUCUUCAUGAAAACACGUCUUUAGUUAAUUUGAAUUUCGAAAAAACUGAAAAAUUAUUUAAGUAAGCUAAAUCAAAGUAUUCCUCUCCAAACAAAAAAAGGUACUUCAUCAUCGCUCUCUCUCUCUCUUUAGAAAAGCUUCAGGUGCUUAGAAGAAACCAGACUCCAUUUUCACCAUGUGAAGAAUAUUUUUACGCAAUGCAAUAUUUAGCAAGUCAUAAAACCAUCAAUUGCUUCAAUCUAGCAUUUUUGGCAUUAAUAUCAUCUAAGUCACCUUCAUCUCCUACAUACUAACCAAAAUGUGUUUCAAUACUAAAGUCUUGCCACAACCAAUCAUAAACACUCAAACAAAACUGUUAGACAGUUUUCUUAAUAUUCUUUAUGUGUGGAUUUUAUUUGAAAUUUGACUUUAUGUACCUUCACAAAUCGUAUGAUGCUAUUAUUCACUGAGCUAUACAAGGUCCGAGCAUACAUCUCUUUGUUUCAAACAAGUUAUUGUUUGCCUCAAACACUAUAUGAUGUAAUGUACACUUGGUAUCUUGGUAUGAUCAGCAUCCAAACUUUCUCUGUAGACUAGUUCCUGAUGACUACAACCACUAUAUUCUUGGUGUAAUUGAUCAACUUUCAAUCCGACCCUUUAAAAUGGUUCCAAACCAAGUAUUUGUUGUCUCAAACAAACAAAAUUCGAUUGCUACAAUCAGUAAAUAAUUAAAAAAAAAAUGUUGGUUAUAAAACUUCAUCUUAAGGUUAUUAGAGUAUUUCGAUGAGCACUAUGCAUAAAGGCCCCAAGCACUUCUCUUGUAAGUCGAAACAUUUAUUCAAUUGUUGUAAACAAGUAAAUAUAUGUUUAUCUCAACUAUAGUUAGGUUAAUCCAUUUUUAUACCCACCACCGAAGGAUGGGGGUCCAUCUGUUUGAAAUCAAGCUACAGUCUUUGAAAACGAAGAUAUUGAGCUGAAACUUUGCACAGAUUCUUCUUUUUUUCAUAGGCAGGUAAAGUUCGAAGAUGGACUAUAUCUUGAUAUAGCCCCCAUAUAGACUGAACACCCGAUUUAGGGUCUUUGGCUCAUAAAAGCUGUAUUUAUUAUGCGAUUUAACUGAAAUUUGGCACAAUGAUUUAUGUUAGGAUCUCCAACAUCUGUGAUGAAUAUAGUUCAGAUCGGCCUAUAUCUUGAUAUAACUCCCAUAUAGACUGGUCUCUUGAUUUAGGGUCCUAGGCCCAUAAAAGCCACAUUUAUUACACUAUUUCGCUGAAAUUUGGCCUAAUGAUUUGUGCAAAAAUGCCCGACAACAGCAAUGAAUAUGGUCCAAAUUGGUCUAUAUAUUUACUCAUCCCCAAUAUAGGGUCUUAGUCUCAUAAAAGCUGCACUUAUUAACCAAUCUGCCUAAAAUUUGGCACACUGGUUUUUGUUAAGAUCUUCGACAUCCGUGCCGAAUAUUGUUUAAAUCGGUCUAAAUUUAAAAGGCCUCAGGUCAAUAAAGCCCCGCACAUAACACAUUGAGGUGAGUUCAGCGCUUUGACGUCCAUGUCGAGUAUGGUUAAGAUCGGACCAUUUUGAGUAUAGCCCCCCUAUAUAGACCUAUCUCCCUAUCGAAGGUCUUUCAUCCAUUAAUAGCGUUUUAACUGUCCCAUUUCGCUGAAAUUAGGUAGUCUGCUACGCUGUUAUAAUAUUUCUAAGGUGUAAGAAUCCGAACCAGCUAUGCAGAAGGGCCGAAAGGGUCUUGCCGAUGGCACAUGACUGGGCAAGACCAGGAAAGAGUGAAAUCUGCCUGUUCACGAAGAAGACAAAGGUGGGCCAAUUUAACGCACCACGUUUCCUCAAUAGAACGAUUUCGAUCAAAUACUUAGGUGUGAUCUUGGACAGGAAACUGAAUUGGAAGUGUCACAUUCAGGAGCAUGCCGAGAAGGCUCACAGAUGUUGGCCACUAUGUACACGGGCUUGAAAUGGGGCCUGGAUAGUCCACUGGCUCGACAAAAGUGUGAUUAUGCCGAUACUGACUUACGCCUCUGUAGUUUAUUGGACUGUGAUGGAGAAAAAGCGCAACGUAGAGAUAAUACAACAGGUUCGAAAACAUGUUGUCUUAGCUGGAGACUAUUCUAGAUAUCUGAACCAGCUAUGCAGAAGAGCCGAAAGGGUCUUGUAGAUUGCACACGACUGGGCAAGACCUAGGGGUCUCAAUGUUAACUCAGGAAAGAAUGAAAUCUGCCUGUUCACGCGGAAGACAAAGGUGGGCCAAUUUGACGCACCAAGUUUCCUCAAUAGAACGAUUUCGAUAUCUGACAAGGUCAAGUACUUAGGUGUGAUCUUGAACAGGAAACUGAAUUGGAAGUGUCACAUUCAGGAGCAUACCAAGAAGGCUCACAGCUGUGGGCACUAUGUAGAUGGGCCUUAGGCUCGUAAUAGGGCCUGAAUACGAGGAUAGUCCAUUGGCUCCAAAGGAGUGUGAUCAGACCGAUACUGACUUACGACUCAGUUGUUUGUUGGACUGCGAUGGAGAAAAAGUGCAACGUUAGGAUAAUGCAAUAGGUCCCGAGAACAUGUUGUCUUGGCUGGAGACUAUUCUAUAUUUCCGAUCCAUAGACAUACAGAUUAAUUGCGAGGCAGUCACUGUGGCUAUGAGACUUAAGGCGUUGGGAGAAUGGGUUGAGGAUAGGAGCAGCUCAUAUCACCGCGGUAUAAUAGAGGAGACGAUAGAGAACCUGGAAGGAGUGGAGGAAGUUUCCGAUCGGAUACCUGAGACGGCACUUGAAGUCGAAUGCGAGGCACUGCAACGGCAAAGCCUUGGAU